GGUGGCGCAGCCGCCAUGACGGGGCCUCGCUGCCCGCCCUCACGGCGGGGGCUCGAGGCUGUGAGGGGCGGGCCGGGCCGUGCCGGGGGGGCGGCGCCGCCGGGAGCCGGGAGGCGACCGAGGAUGGCGGCGGCGGCGGCGUCGCCGUCGCGGGAGCUCACGCAGAACCCGCUGCAGAAGACGUGGGAGCCCUACGACAACGGGCUGCCGGCGGGGCACAGCGCCCAGCGCGGCGUAUGUAUGACCAACUGCCCUACUCUGAUUGUCAUGGUGGGUCUGCCAGCAAGAGGAAAAACCUACAUCUCGAAGAAGCUGACACGAUAUUUAAAUUGGAUUGGAGUGCCUACAAAAGAAUUUAAUGUCGGUCAGUAUCGUCGAGAUUUGGUGAAGAAAUAUAAAUCUUUUGAAUUCUUCCUGCCUGACAAUGAAGAAGGCUUGAAAAUCAGGAAACAGUGUGCCUUAGCAGCGCUGAAUGACGUCCGACAGUACCUCAGUGAAGAAAAUGGGCACGUGGCUGUCUUUGAUGCUACAAAUACAACUCGAGAACGUAGAGAAACUAUUUACAAAUUUGGAGAAGAAAAUGGGUAUAAGACUUUUUUUGUGGAGUCAGUAUGUGUAGAUCCAGAGGUCAUUGCUGCAAACAUUGUGCAAGUGAAGCUGGGUAGUCCAGACUAUGUUGAUUGUAGUAAUGAUGAAGCAACUGAAGAUUUCAUGAAAAGGAUAGAAUGCUACAAGAACUCAUAUGAGACGUUAGAUGAAACUCUUGACAAGGAUCUUUCUUAUAUUAAAAUUAUGGAUGUUGGAAGGAGUUACCUUGUGAACAGAGUGAUGGAUCACAUCCAGAGCAGGAUUGUCUACUACCUCAUGAAUAUCCAUGUGACUCCUCGGUCAAUCUACCUCUGUCGACAUGGAGAAAGUGAACUCAAUCUGAAAGGGAGAAUAGGAGGAGAUCCUGGACUGUCCGUCAGGGGUAAAGAAUUUGCCAAGAGCUUGGCACAGUUUAUUAAUGAGCAAAAUAUCAAGGAUCUGAAAGUUUGGACCAGUCAGAUGAAAAGGACAAUUCAGACUGCUGAAGCUUUGGGAGUGCCUUAUGAACAGUGGAAGGUUUUGAAUGAGAUAGAUGCAGGCGUGUGUGAAGAAAUGACAUAUGAAGAAAUACAGGAAAAUUACCCACUCGAGUUUGCACUGAGAGACCAAGACAAAUACAGAUACAGAUACCCUAAAGGAGAGUCCUAUGAAGAUCUUGUUCAGAGACUGGAGCCAGUAAUUAUGGAACUUGAAAGGCAGGAAAAUGUGCUUGUCAUAUGUCACCAAGCUGUCAUGCGCUGUUUGCUUGCAUAUUUUCUUGACAAGCCUGCAGAGCAACUGCCUUACCUGAAGUGCCCGCUACAUACUGUCUUAAAGCUAACCCCAGUGGCUUAUGGAUGUAAAGUAGAAUCUAUAUUCCUGAAUGUUGAAGCUGUAAACACACACAGAGAUAAACCUGAGAAUGUAGGCGUGGACCGAUCGAGAGAAGAAGCUCUGAGGACAGUACCUAACCAUCUAUAGCUGCAGUUCCUGGUGGCAGCAGCCCUUCCUCCACCACGACAGCGUUAAGUAGCAGCUCGGGUCCCUGAGAGCGGAGACGGCGUGCUGAACGCUGAGCAAGUUGGAACAAAUGCGCCUCCCCUUCACUUUAAGACAUUUCGAAUGUGAUUCAGCUUCUUUGGAGGAAACCUGUAGUUCUGGUUAACUCCCAGUGCCGAAAGGUAUUGGUAAAAAAAAGAUUUAUAGAAGCAGAGUAAUGUUGGUUUUAGGUUUUCAUAUGUAAAUUUGCGCAGUUUCAGUAGCUUUUAUUGUUCAUCUGUGGAAUACUGCAAGAUGGCUAAUUGCCCGUGUCAAUUUUACUGUCAGAUUUUAACUAGAUUUUACUUUCUUUAAUGUUUUUGUAAGAGUUCCUCUUAUUUUUACUGUGAAUGGUUGCCUAGCAUUACAUGAAGAUUUUUUUUUGAUGGCGUAUUUAACAGGAGAAAUUCUGCAUUUUGAGCAUUGGAGGAUUCACGUUGCAAAACUACUUUAAAUUGGAAAGCUCAUCAGUCACGUCUUACAGUGAUCUUUGGUUUGCCAACCUCAACUUAAAUUUAUAUGGGAUGGGGAGACUUGCCCCUUUCUGCGGUGCUAGCAAGAUUUCAAUGUUUCCAGGAGCCAGAUGUAUUUAGAUCACAGUGGAGGACACUAUUAAGUAAUGGCUGUGGGAUGCAGGUGUGAGUACAGGAGAGCAGCCUCAGGUGGUGAAACUAGAAAGAGAAAUGCCCCUUCUGCUGUGGCCACAGGAGGAGCAGCUUUCUGAGACUGGGAGGUAGGGAAGAAGGAUUCAGAUUGCCAAGGCUGGAGAAGCUGCUUUUCUUACUAGUGCUAUGACUUUUUGGCAGUUUUUGGAAUGAAUUUCAACAUGUAUGAUUCUCCUUAUAGCCACAUCUAACAUGUAUAUCAGGAAACAGUACAGAAAGGUUAGGUGGCAUUUAACCUUUCUUACAGCUCAUGCAAGAAAAACUGCAGGUAAAUUCUGAAAUUGUUUUUUAACAAAGUGCACCUACCUUUUUUUUAAUUGUUUUUAAGCAACCUUCCACUAUAUAAAUUCUUUGCUGCUCUUUUAUAUUUCUCUGUGAAACUCCAGUGCUAAAAAUGGAAUUUUGUAUGUCUGUUGAGGCUACGACCCUCUAACUGUACUAAAUCAAUGUAUUUUGUAUGUGUUACCAGACAACUGAAGUGAGCUGCCAACACUGUUGCUGGCUCUUAGUUCUUGAAGUGAGAACUAUCUUUUUGUAGAUAGACCGUGCUUUUUUUUUUUUUUUUUUUUUGAUUUAAGGACUUUUCUUCAACUGAUUGAACUUUUACCAUGUACAUUGUUGAUUUUUUUUUUAAGAAACUUUUAUGUUUGUUUGCUCAGUUCCUGUGUGAAAUAAUGGGCCCUCGUAGUUUUGCAGGCAAGGGCUACGUUGUCUUCUGUUUGUGCAGGGUUUAUAAGAUAAUGUGCUGCUGUUGUGAUUUGUUUUAAUAAGCUAAUUUCAGCAAUAUGUUCAGCUCUGGAAGUAAGCCAUAUCACAUCGCUGGGUUCCAUUUCAGAAGAGGAAUGGGUAGGGCGUGAAAUGACCAGAAACACUUGCUUCAAGUGCUGCUGUCUAGAGCUUUGUGUGUGUGAUCCGUUAGUUCAGUAACGCGCAUUUCAGAUCUUUGUUAAUUCCGCUGUGUUCAUAGCUCUUAUCUGAGGAGAGAGACCACACAGCGCUACUCAGAGUAGUUAAUUUAUUGAUGCGUAGUAAACAAGGCCACCUUUGUGGCAAAAGUGUAGGAAUAACAUCCCCCCCCUCUGAUACCGUGCGUGCUUCGCGUGGGAAGCGGGGCAGUGCUCCAGGCAGCCCUCGCUCCUCCGAAGCUCUGCCAUCCAGCCAUGACCAGGAGUUGUCUGACAACUUUAAAUUGAAAGAGUCAGGGUUUCUUCUGAGUUACAGGCAACAGAUCCGGGAUACUGUAUCAGAAAAGCAGGGUUUUACUAUCAGGGUGUGAUACUUGAACCCGGUUGAAGAAAUGUGGAAGGAAAGGUUUCCCCUAGUGAGAGGGGAGCCAAAAGGCUGCCCUUCUGCACUGGCAAGCACAGCUGGAGGUGUCUCCCCUUUCUCCUUUUCUUUGUUUUACCUCUAAACUUUCAGAGGUGCUGUAAAAUUCCCUGAGGCUAAAUGUUUUAUGUAUAGUAGGUAUUUUUAUAGCCUGCUUUUGAAUAUACUGUGAUGAAUGUUUUACUAAGUGGGUGUUCAGUAAAAAGAGUUGUAUACAAGUGUAAAUAAACUGUUAUGCUGAUACUUGAAGAGAAAAAAACAUGAAGUUGUCUGUUCUACUUUAGGAAGGUACUUAAACCAUUGACUGCAUCUGACCCUUUCUAGCUGGUAAGAGCAAAUGUAGACAAUGAAUGUAAAUUUGAAGCAGUUCUCCCCAAUGCCUAACUACCUUUCUGGGGAGGCACUGUUAUGAAUGGCAGAUCAUCGUCCCUGUCUAAAAGCUGCGUCUGUCCUCCCUUCCUGUUCCUGACCAUGCAAUAUUGACUGAUCUGUCACCGAUAGGGGAGGUAAAAAUCCUUGUCCUGGCUUUGCAUAUUUAUACCCACGUGUAUUUUACUACCUUUUGACUGUUAGUACACUUGCUGGCUCAGAUGCAGUCUUUAGAAUGGGGUUAAACUAUCUUUUCUUACAGCAUUGGCCUUCGUUGUAAUCUUUCAGACAAAUGUAAUCAUUUGACAUUUGAUCCAAGUAAUAAAGAUCAAAUGCUACACCUUGCA